UCCCGAGGUCGUCAUUCUAUCUAUCUCUCUCCAUGUAAUUAUUUGUUCCCUCUUAACCAAUCGCUCUGCGAGUAGGCAUUUCCUAUUUUCUCUCUUUCGCUUUCUAGUGUACAGCUACGCUGUCGGUAUAUACUCAUAUAUCUUAGAUACAAAAUUCUCUUCUCUUACACGUGCAGCCGCUAUAAUGCCACAAAAAGUCAUAGUUGUCGGAGCUGGCCCAGUAGGCUCUUUAGCCGCCCUAUACGCAGCUGUUAGGGGGCACAAUGUGGAGGUCUAUGAGCUGAGACCGGAUAUUCGAGAGCCUAGCACUGCGCCCCUCAACUUCUCCAAGUCCAUCAACUUAGCCCUUGCUGAACGAGGCAUCAACUCUCUCCGAGAGGCAGGCCUAUCAGACCUGGCCGACGCAGUUCUUUCAGAGACUAUUCCUAUGCAUGGCCGCAUGAUUCACUUGAAAAAGAAUGGAGAGCACGUCCGCCAGCCACAGAUCUACGAUGCCAGGGGAAGGAGCUUACUUGCUAUGGACCGAACGGAGCUCAACAUAACUCUGCUCGACUAUCUUGAGGCAAUGCCCAACGUCCAGAUCUUCUUCCACCACAAACUGGUCGGUGCUGACUUUAGAGAGAAGAUCGCAUGGUUUGAAAAUCGUACCAGAUCGAUUGAAGAACAGGGGGACGAGGUUGAAAUGAGCUUUGAUCUCAUGAUCGGUGCAGACGGUGCUCACUCAGCUGUGCGAUACCAUCUGAUGAAAUUCGUUCCAAUGUCCUUCCAGCAAGAGUAUAUCGACAAGCUUUGGUGUCAAUUUCAUGUCCCAUCGACUCCGGAGGGAGAGUUUAGGAUACCCCCGAAUUACUUGCACAUUUGGCCGCAGGACGAAUCCUUAUUCAUUGCGCUCCCAAAUUUGGACAACACCUUCACCGCGACGCUUUUCCUGACAAGGGAUGGCUUCGAGAAACUAGACGCAUCAGGCAAAGUGGUCGAGUACUUUGCGGAGAAAUUUCCUGGUGUGGUACCAGAUCUCAUCUCAGAGGAUGAGCUUCACGAACAAUACACCACAAACCAACACCUACCUUUGAUCUCGAUCAAAUGCUCACCAUACCACUAUGGAGACGCUGGGGUCAUCGUGGGAGACGCAGCUCAUGCCAUGGUACCAUUCUAUGGGCAAGGGAUGAACGCGGGGCUUGAAGAUGUCCGCGUUUUGUUCGAAUUCCUCGACAAAUACCCCAAAUCCCGGUCCAAGGCGCUAAAAGAAUACACAAAAGAGCGUACACCUGAUGCACACACGAUCAAUGACCUUGCCUUGGGCAACUACAGUGAGAUGGCUAGCGAUGUUAAGAAGCCGCUAUACCUGCUGCGAAAGUGGAUCGAGGAGAAACUGUACCUUUACAUACCAAGCGCAGGAUGGGCCACCCAAUACUCGCGAGUGACCUUUAGCAAUAUGAGAUAUUCCGAGGUUCAGCGGGCGUCGCAACGGCAAGCGAGUAUAUUGAACGGCUUUGUCGGUUUUGCGCUCGUCUCAGCCGUUGGAUCAUCCCUCUGGUUUGCAAGGUCUGGAGGCAUUCAGCAGGCCAAGAUGGGUAUUCUGAGAUCAGUCUGCUGGAUUGCGCAGCGCUCCCAAAAACUGGUUCAGUUGGUUCAGGGCCGAGUGGAAUAAAGUGGGGUCCACAUCAGCACCUCCUCCUAGGAUCCUUCGGCUUUAUUCUAUACAGUCGGCUCUCAGCUACCUGUUACACCACAUCGAUGUGUUCGCAUUGGCAGAGCAUGCUCACGUGCGCCACAGCCUUCGAAACGUUGCUUAGCCUUCUAGCCAGUGUAUAUCAAGUUGUACGCAUUGCUUGUUUCUUCGCCAUCUCUACCCUCCGUUCUCCUCAUACCUUGAAGGUCAAUGCCAUCCUCAAGCAUGAGAGAUUUUGUUUUUCCACGUAUAUACUAUGAUAUUCCACACAUUUCAUCUCCAUACUAGCUAUCUUCAGCUCGAGUACCCAUGCACGGCUAGCAAGAGCAUUAUUCUUAUGGCUACUACCGGUGUUUAGACCCUUACUGACGAGCAUAGAACCCAUGAAAUUCACC